AUGAUCGCGGCCCUGGUCCUGCUGGGGACGGCCGUGCUGGGGGCGGCCUCCCCGAGCCCGCCCCGCCUCCGCUUCUCCUUCCGAGAGCUGCAGGCCCAGCACGGGCUGCGGACCUUCCGGCUGCCCAGGACCUGCUGCUACGAGGCGCUGCUGGUGGACGAGGAGCGCGGGCGCCUGUUCGUGGGCGCCGAGAACCACGUGGCCUCCCUGAGCCUGGACCACAUCGGCAAGCGGCCCCGGAAGCUGGCCUGGCCGGCGCCCGUGGAGUGGCGUGAGGAGUGCAACUGGGCCGGGAAGGACAUUGGGACGGAGUGCAUGAACUUCGUGAAGCUGCUGCACGCCUACAACCGCUCCCACGUGCUGGCCUGCGGCACCGGCGCCUUCCACCCCACCUGUGCCUUCCUGGAGGUGGGCCACCGGCCCGAGGAGCCCGUGCUCCGCCUGGACCCCCGGCGGCUGGAGGAUGGCAAGGGCAAGAGCCCUUACGACCCCCAGCACCGCGCCGCCUCCGUGCUGCUGGGGGGCGAGCUGUAUUCCGGGGUGGCCGCAGACCUCAUGGGCCGGGACUUCACCAUCUUCCGCAGCCUGGGCCAGCGGCCGAGCCUCCGGACGGAGCCCCACGACUCCCGCUGGCUCAAUGAGCCCAAGUUCGUGAAGGUCUUCUGGGUCCCGGAGAGCGAGAACCCGGACGACGACAAGAUCUACUUCUUCUUCCGCGAGUCGGCUGUGGAGGCCUCGCCGGCCCUGGGCCGCCGCUGCGUGUCCCGCGUCGGCCAGAUCUGCCGGAACGACCUGGGCGGCCAGCGCAGCCUGGUCAACAAGUGGACCACGUUCCUGAAGGCCAGGCUGGUGUGCUCCGUGCCAGGCACCGAGGGGGACGCACACUUCGACCAGCUCCAGGACGUGUUCCUGCUGCCCUCCAGGGACCGCUGGAACCCGCUGCUCUACGCCGUCUUCACGUCCAGCGGCGUGUUCCAGGGCUCGGCCGUGUGCGUGUACAGCAUGAGCGACGUGCGCCGCGCCUUCCUGGGGCCCUUCGCUCACAAGGAGGGGCCCACGCACCAGUGGGUGUCCUACCAGGGCCGCGUCCCGUACCCCCGGCCCGGCAUGUGCCCCAGCAAGACGUUCGGCACCUUCAGCUCCACCAAAGACUUCCCCGACGACGUCAUCCAGUUCGCCCGGAACCACCCGCUCAUGUACAGCUCCAUCCUGCCCGUCGGGGGGCGCCCGCUCUUCCUGCGAGUGGGUGCGGGGCACACCUUCACCCGGGUCGCCGCGGACCGAGUGGCAGCUGCGGACGGCCACUAUGACGUGCUGUUCAUCGGCACAGACACGGGCACCGUGCUGAAGGUGAUCGCCGUCCCCACGGGCGGCCGGCCCAGCGACGAGGGGCUGCUCCUGGAGGAGCUGCAGGUGUUCGAGGACUCCGCCGCUGUCACCAGCAUGCAAAUCUCCUCCAAGCGGCACCAGCUGUACGUGGCCUCCCGGAGCGCCGUGGCCCAGGUCCCGCUGUCCCGCUGCGCUGCCCACGGCCGCGCCUGUGCCGAGUGCUGCCUGGCGCGGGACCCCCACUGCGCCUGGGACGGGGCGGCGUGCACGCGCUUCCAGCCCAGCGCCAAGAGGCGCUUCCGGCGGCAAGACGUCAAGAACGGCGACCCCAGGACGCUGUGCUCCGGGGACUCGGCUCAGCCCGCGCUGCAGGAGCAGAAGGUGCUCGGCGUGGAGGGCGGCAGCGCCUUCCUGGAGUGUGAGCCCCGCUCGCUGCAGGCGCACGUGGAGUGGACCUUCCAGCGCGCAGGGCAGGCGGCCAGCGCCCCGGUGCCGGCGGAGGAGCGCGCGGAGCGCACGGCGCGGGGGCUGCUGCUGCGCGGGCUGCGGCGCGCGGACGCGGGCGCCUACCGGUGCGCGGCGCGGGAGCAGGGCUUCUCGCGGCCGCUGCGCCGCCUGGAGCUGCACGUGCUGAGCGCCGCGCAGGCCGAGCGGCUGGCGCGCCCCGCGGAGGCGCCGGCCCCGCCGGGCCCCAGGCUCUGGUACCGGGACUUCCUGCAGCUGCUGGAGCCGGGCGGCGGCGCCCUGCGCAUGUGCCGGCCGCCCGAGCCGCCCGCGCCCCGGGGGCAGGGCCGCCGCCGGCGGACGCACGUCCCGGAGCCGCGCGCCGAGCGGGGGCCGCGCAGCGCCGCGCACCGGUGA